AUAUGUCCACACUUUAAUAUUAGAAAAAACAAACUGACUUUCAAUGCUGACGUGUGAUGUAUGAACUCUGUUUUAUGAUUUUUUUUUUUUUACCCUAAACAUUACAGUUUUACAAUUUAGGCAUCAUCUAAUACUCUUUCAAUAGUAGUUAAUAUUUCACAAACAAUUCUACUCUGAAUUCCUCUGACAUCUAUUUGACUAUAUUCUGUGCACGAUUGUAAUUUUAGCGAGUGAGCAGGGCUUUUAUUUUGGCGUGACGUUUUGGCGUCAUAAGGCUGCGCCCCGUUCUUGCAUCUGUUAAGCUGAGGAAAGUGGACUGAUUACUGAACUAGGAAGCUGAUUGAGACUACAAAGAUGGCGUUUAUUAAAGAGGAGAGUGAAGACAUGAAGAUUGAAGAAACAUUCAAUGUGAAACAAGAAGAUACUGAGGAACAAACAGACUUGAUGCUGCUGAAAGAGGAGACUGAAGUACUAGAUGAAAUGAAGGAAGACCAGUAUGAGAAACAUCAUGAUUUCACAACUGGACAAAAAUUUAGUUGCUCAGAGACUGAAAAUUCAUCCUCACGAAAAACAGAAACUAUAAGAUAUUUCAACUGCCAGCAGUGUGGACAGAGUUUUACUAAAAAAGCAAACCUUAAAGUCCACAUGAGUGUUCACACUGGUGAGAAGCCUUUUACCUGCCCUCAGUGUGGAAACAGUUUCUCUCAAAAAGGAAGCUUUAACAGGCACAUGAGAAUUCACACUGGAGAGAAGCCUUACAUGUGCCUUCUGUGUGGAAAGAGCUUCACAGCAGAACUGAACCUGAGAUGUCACAUGAACCUUCACACUGGAGAGAAGCCAUUCAAAUGUGAUCAGUGUGGAAAGAGUUUCGGACAUAAAGUAACACGCAAUAUCCACAUGAGGAUUCAUUCAAGAGAGAACCAUUUUACCUGUCAUCAGUGUGAAAUGAGUUUCACAGACAGGAAAAACCUUAAGAAUCAUGUAAUAACUCACACUGGAGAGAAGCCAUUCAUGUGCCAUCACUGUGGAAAGACUUGUAUAAACAAAGCAAAUCUUGAUAUUCACAUGAGAGUUCACACUGGAGAGAAGCCUUUCAUCUGCCUUCUGUGUGGAAAGAAUUUCACACGCAAGGCAAACCUUGAAGUUCACAUGAGAGUUCACACUGGAGAGAAGCCUUUUACAUGUCUUCAGUGUAAGAUGAGUUUCACAUAUCAAAGAGACCUGAAUCGUCAUUUGCAAACUCAUCUUGUAAAUGGAUUGCAGUGUUCCUCAGUGUGACAAUGUGUCCUGCAAAGUUUACCUCCAACCCAAAUUAAACACACCUGAACCUAAUCAAGCUAAUACUAGGCAUACUAGAAACAUCCAAGUUGUUGUGUUGAGGCAAGUUAUAGCUGGACUCCCUUGCUUAAGAUGUUCCAAAUACGUUAAGCUGGGAGUUAUCUUAUCUUAACCCUUAUGAAAAAGCUUGACUCAGGAGAGCUGGUUUAUAUCCAAAAUAUUUAUUGUCUAAAAUAUGUUCGGUUUUACAGUUAUGGUAUUUGAGAACAAUUUCAGUCAGGAUUUAGCCCCUUUGUUGCACAGAAACAGCUGGGGGCGAUGAGGUUGAUACCUGUCUCUGUGACAGUGGAACAGCAGCUGAAAGACAAAAUAUACUAUGGCCUGGUUUCACAGACAGGGCUUAGCCUAAGUCAGGAUUAGACCUCAGUUCAAUUAGGGCAUUUAAGUAGCUUUUAUAAACAUACAAAAAAAGUAUUACUGGUGUGCAUCUUGAGACAAA